CACUAAAACCCUAAAUUCCACAGUAAUUACAAAAUUACACCAAAAAAUCUGGAACCCCUGCAAAAUGCUGCUCCGGCUCCCCACCACCGCCACCUCCAAAGCCCCACUAUUCCGCCACCGCCAACACGGCCGUCUCUCUUCACCCUUCUUCCACUCUCUUUCAUUCCCAUCUGGGUUUUCGAGCUCGACGCGACUCGAGCUUGUGACCACCUCCAGCGGCCCUACCUCUGUUGCUAUCAUCUGCGCUUUGAGAUCAAAUUCCCGCAGCCAUGUCACAGCGAACUACGAGAAGAGGCCGAAGGCAUCGUGGCUUGCCGUUUACAAGCGAUUAUCUUCGAUGCCGGACCCGGAAAAUGGCGCGGCUAGCGUGUUGGACCAGUAUGAGGAUGAGGGCAAGAAGCUUCCCAAAUUUGUUCUUAUUCGUGUCAUUAAGCAAUUGCGCAAGUUCAGUCGUUACAAGCUGGCUCUUGAGGUGUAUGAGUGGCUGGAAAAUCGAAGGUUUUUGAUUACCACAAGGGAGAUUGCUAUUAAAUUAGAUCUAAUUUCCAAGGUUGAUGGGAUUUCUAGUGCUGAAAACUACUACCUGAAGUUGAGCAAUUCGUUGAAAGACGGGCGAGUAUAUGGUGCACUUUUGAAUGCCUAUGCCAAUGUUAGCGAAAAGGAAAAGGCCGAAGCUUUGUUUGAUAAAAUGAGAGAACAAGGUUUGAUAAAAUACGCGCUUCCGUGCAAUGUUAUGAUGACCCUUUACAUGAAACUCAAAGAGUAUGACAAGGUGGAGGAAAUAGCAUCGGAAAUGAUGGAGAAAAAUGUCCCGCUAGACAUAUAUUCCUAUAAUAUCUGGCUAUCGUCGCUUGGAUAUCAAGGCUCGGUGGAAAAGAUGGAGCAAGCAUUUGAGCAGAUGAAGCUUGACACGAGCAUCAAUCUUGGCUGGGCUAUUUUUAGUACGAUGGCUACAAUAUACAUUAAGGCGGGGCAGCUUGAAAAAGCUGAAUCUUGCUUGAGAGAGAUUGAGAGGAGAAUCCAAGGUCAGAGGCGUCUUCCUUACCAUUUUCUCAUUAGUCUUUACGGUAGUGUUGGUAAAAAGGAAGAAGUACACCGGAUUUGGAACGUUUACAAAUCAAGUUUUCUUAAUAUUCCUAGUAUGACUUACCGUGGUGUCAUUUCUUCCCUGGUGAGAUCGGGGGACAUUGAGGGUGCAGAAAAUAUUUACGAUGAAUGGCUGUCGAUAAACUCAGCAUUCGACCCCCGGGUAGGAAAUAUUCUAUUGGGAUGGUACGUGAGCAAUGGGUUCACAGAGAAAACCGAGGUAUUCUUUAACCAAAUUAUUGCAACCGGAGGGCAGCCAAACUCGUGGACAUGGGGGAUUCUCGCUGAUCACCAUAUGAGAGCAAGAAGAAUCCCCGAGGCUCUGUCUUGCUUGAAGGAUGCUGUUUCGGAUACAAAAUCAAAAUACUGGAGACCUAGGCCUGAAACCGUAUCUUGUAUUCUCCAGCAUUGCGAGCAAGAAAAUGACGGGGCAAGUAAGGAGCUAUUAUUCGAGGUGCUGAAGGAAGCGGGCUGUCUCACCGAUGCAAAGUACAUGUCUAUAUGUUCUGGGAAUGAAUUGGAAGAGGAUAAUAAUAGUGAUGACGAAGAAACUAACGAGGGCGCUGAAUCGAUUUUCAACCAACUAUUACCUGCAGCUUAACAAGCUUAGCUUGCCAAGAGUGAAACGUCAGAUUUCAGAAAGAAUUGACUUUUGGCUUGCUCAGUAUUGACAUGCAGAAACCAUGUUUUUGCUUGCCUUGUAACAUAUUCCAUAUUGCUCUUCUUGCCUGCAAUGCUUCACCAAGGAAUGAAAGCAUAUAUCAUGGCCCUGUUUGAUAACAUAGGUAGCUUUAUCAGUUAAUUUUGGCUUAUUUGACUAUUAUUCGCUGUUUGACUCGGGUAAAUAAUCAAUGAAUGUUUGAUUAA